AUGGGUGCGGUCGAUCCGACGUAUCCUCUCUACCCCGCUGCCUGCAUCCUGGCAUCUUGCAUGCUACUACUAGUGCUCUUUACCAACUUCGUCCGGCAGAGUUGGAAUCUCGGCGUCGCCUUCCUAUGUUUCUGGCUCUUCCUCGAAACUCUCACCGAUGGCGUCGACGCUAUCGUUUGGUCUGACAACGCCAACAUCAAGCACUAUGUGUACUGCGAUAUUGUCUCGCACCUUCAGCUAAUCGCAUUCACCGUCAAACCGUUGGCGACCCUGAUCAUCACGCGACGGCUCUACCUGAUAGCUUAUCUACAGCCUGUGGAGUCCCUUAACAAAGAGGCAAGACGUAAGGAUCUUGCCAUCGAGUGGACUCUCGGCUUGGUAAUUCCGUUGCUUGUUGCAGGACCACUCUACUAUGUCGUUCAAGAUUGUCGUUUCGCGGUGAUAGAGGGCUUCGGGUGCAGAAACAAUAUAGACGGCUCGAUUCUCAGCAUCAUACUCGUCUAUUCUUGGUCGGUGAUCCCUCCCACGAUAUCCGUCGCCGUGUAUUAUUCUCAUAUCGCUUUGACCUUCUACCGCCACAAUCGCGAUCUCAACCGUCUUCUACAGAACGACGAAUUCACCGUAUCUCGCACGACCUACCUUCGCAUCCUGGCUCUCGCAAGCAUCGAUCUUCUGCUCACCUUGCCUAUAGGCAUCGCAACCAUUGUCUUGACCAUCAAGGAAUCGCUGUACCACGGCUCUCUUCCAUUCUACUCCGGUUGGGAACACGAUCACGCUCAGUGGGAGCCUCAGGGAACCAGCUAUACGGAUAUCGCAUCGGAACAGACCUCCAUUAGAGCAGCAAAUUACUUCACGAUGUGGACAUCGCCCGUUCUCGCUUUCGUCAUCUUCAGUCUGUUUGGCGUCACAUCGGAGGCUCGGGCGUCGUACUGGCGCAUCAUUUGUGCCGUCGGUGAACGGUUAGGCUGGAAGCCAACCCCCCGCGCGCCCGGGACCCGUGAACAGCUGGGAGAUAUCGAGUUCGGCCCGCGAUCAACUCAGGAGCUUACGUCGUCCAGCUUCGAAUUGCCGCCAAGCAGUGUCGAGUCGAAGGCUUGUUUACCAGAACGGGUCAUUGAUAUCCAAGAGUUGUGUGAUGAUGAGAAGGCAGAGAGCGUGAAACUAGAGAAGGGCGUCGACUCGCCACCUUGA